UAUUUCCUUCACAUUUAUGCACUGGAAAUAUAUUAAUGGAACGUGUACCACGUAAUAUAAAGGAUUGUUCAAAAUUUUUACCUGGUAUAAAACCUAUAAGUCCAGAAGAUACAGAUCCUAAAGCUGAAACUGAUACAAGUUUCUCUUGGUUUAAACCAGAAGCUCCAUCACCUCAAUCAUUGUCUUUAGGUAAUGUUAAAAUGUGGUGGGAGUAUAAUAAGAAAUUAUUGUUUGUUAAAGAACAAGAACUUAAUUCUAAUAGAAUUAAUUUACUGGGUAGUAACAUAGCUGCUGCAUAUUUCAUUAUUGAAUGGAAUGGAAAAGUAAAGUUUAAAAAUUCUGAUUGGUUAGCAGCAUCAAAGAAUAAACCUGUACGUUUACCGAAUUCAUAUAAAUCAAAUUAUGUUAUUACUAGUAUUGAUGCAAGUAAUACAUUAAUAUCCUACGAAGGACUUAAAAAUAUGAAUUCCCUUUAUCAUUUAAAAUGGCUCAGUUUUAAGGGGUGCGAAUAUAUUGACGAUUGGUGUGUCGACAAAAUAGCUGGACAAUAUCAAACAUUAGAGCAUUUAGAUAUAUCUGAUUGUAAAAAUGUUACUGAAAAUGCAUUAGAAGCAUUAUACAAAUUACGUAAUCUAAGAACAUUAAUAGUAACAAAUCAUAAUAAAUCUGCAGCAUUUGAAUUGACAUGUUUUAUGUUAGAAGAAUGUAAUUCAAAUUUAAAAUGCGAGAUUUUAAAUUCAUGGUAUAUGAAUAAAUUAGAUGAUAAAGAAAAAUAAAUAGAUCAACAAUUUAAUUGUAUAAAUAUAAUAUGCGUAUGUACAAAUAAUGUCAUGUAUUCUUAAUGAUAUUUCUUAAUUUAUUUUUUUCUCUAUACUUCUUAACGUAAUAUAAUUCAGCUUUAUUGCUAA